AUUCCUUAACAUUUAUCAUCAAAACAUAAAUAUAUAUUAUUUAAAUACUAUUUUCUAUAAAUUUAUAUAUUUUAUAACACCUUUUUCUCCCGCUCAUUGUUAUUCUAUAUGUAAAUCAUUGAUUCUUUGAUAUAUCUUUGUUAAAUUUAAAUAUGUUUUAUGACAGUUGGAGUUACUAAAAGAGUAAAGCCUAUUCCACCAGACCGUGGAUCAUUUCCCCUGGAUCACGAAGGUGUUUGUAAGGAGGAUAGUAAAAAUUACCUUGAUUGUAUAAGAGUUCAUAACGGAAAUUCUUCAAACUGUACAAAACUGGCCUCCGUUUAUCUAAAAUGUAGAAUUGAUAACGGACUUUUAGCUGAGGAACCGCUUACAAACUUCGGUUUCAGAGCGAGAGAUAUAUCUGGAGACUCUCCAAGCACGGUUGUGGACACAGGACCGGACUUAAAACCAAGAUACGAAAGGAAGGAAAACAAAGGCUUUAUCGCAGGAACAUCAGUUGUUGAUGGGUAUAUAAAGGACCAGUCGAUUUUAUCUAAAUUACUAUCUAAAAUUUUAAAAUAAUGUACAAUAAUUGUAGUUCAGGUCACGUUUGUGACCGUUUAUCGCACCUAAUAUAUCGUUUACACCCUUCACUAGACUAUAAACACAAGUUCAUCUUAUCAACCAAACUGUUCAACUUUAAGGGGAAAAUUGAAUCUGAGGAAGUAUGUAAGCAGAUUAUCACAGCCUUGGAUCCAGAGUUUAUAUAUUUACUCCUAAGGUCCUCGACAAUUUUUAAAAUCAUUGGACUGGAACUGUCAAAUAUGUUACUGUGUACCAGAGAUUCAGCAAAACACAUGAGGAAUAUUGUUGCAUAUAUAUCAAAUAUCCUUGGUGAGAAUUUGUGCAGAAAGGAGUUUAAGUUUGAUUCUUCAACCAAGGCAAUAUCUGACAAGAUUGGAGAGUCUGAAACAGUUUGGAUCAGACUUAUUUACGAGUCACUGUCAUGUCUAUUAAAGUUGUCAGAACAUUUGAAUUCUGAGUUUGUGUUUGAAUAUUCAGAUACAGUAGAUGUAAAUGAGAUGGAAGAAUCCCUAGAGUACCUGAUAAAUGACAUGUUUGACAUAUCACUCACUAACACUGAUGAUAAAAAAGAGUAUUCUGUACAAAUGAAGGAAGGAUCUCAAGAGUUAGAUUGUGUGUUGUGUGACUUAUUGUCAAAAAAGGAGUUUAAAGAGGAACAUUCUCUACUAAUGGAACUUUAUAAGGAUUUGAAUUCAUUAGCAGAAGCACACUUACAGGAAUUGGAUUUCCAAGAUUCUGAAACGCCUAUUGAAAAGUCUAUAGAUUUAACUAAAACUAAGCUUUUCAAGGUUCUUUAUUCACUUUUGGACUCACUAUUGGAAGAUUUAAGAGAAAAGUCGGAAGGAGUUUUAAUGAGUUUAUCCUGCAUUCAGUUGUUAGUCAGGUUAGUUCCUCAUAAUGGUAAGAUCUUACUGGUUGAAAAAUGCAUCAAAUCAAAUAAUUUUGACCUCUUGAAGCUCUUGAUUCAUUACUUAAAUGAGUUGAAUUGUAAAAGUGAUGUUGGUGGUGGUAGUCAAAACCGUUUCGAGAUAAAUUUGAUGGUGAGUAAGAGGUGUUUAGAUAUAUUAGACACUCGUAUUACUAGGGAUAAUAUGGCUUAUUUGCUGAAUUUCUUAACAACUUCUAUUCAAAACAGAGUAAUUAGUUUAAGUAAUGAAACAUGUGUCGGGUUUCUAAAGCUAGCAAAGAGGUGUGAAGUUGAGAUACACUUGACAUUGGACGAAGUGUUAAGGAUUGAGAGCAGUUUAGUAAACUCAAGUCCAUUUGAAGCAUUAGAAGGAGUUAUGACAUCAAUUUCAGAGUUCAUAGAACCCUUUGAAAAAAUGGAGGAAUUCUUCUCACUGUUUCAUAGAACAAUACAGCUUCUUUUUGAUUUUUUUGAUCAAAUUGAGAGUUGUAAAUUUCCAAAUUCAAGUUCAAUCAGCAGAUGUAAACAUUAUAGCGUACGUUUGCUAGGAUGCUGGAUGACACUAGAACCAAUGCAUUUUAAACAUCAGUACUUGUCGAAAUUGAGUAAGAUAAUCGAAUGUAUAAGUGAAUUUGACUUCAUUUGGCUGUUACCAUCAUUUAACUACAUUGACGCAUCAGACAUUUACACUGUGGACGGCCUGGCCAAUGUAUUGAUUAAGUUGUUUUUUGGAGUAGUAAAUUUUGACGAAAAAAGUGGAACAUGCAGAAACGCGAUUAAAAUGUUAUGUGAGGUUGUUACGAGGAUACAUCUGGACCCGUUGGUGGACUACGAGCUUUUCCUCAAGAAAAUAAACCAUAAUUUACUGAGUGAAUAUGAUGGACAAAUGUGUAAAGUUGCUCCAGAAAUUCAGAUUCCAGACUAUGUUCUUGAAGGUGGAAAGUUUUGUCCGAGUAAUCCUGUGGAGUUUUUGCCUCCAAUAUCAGUGAAUUUGGACAAAUCCGAUAGUUAUAAGUUGUUAUCAGAGUCACUUCUGAACCUUCUUUGUAAUCUAUGUCAAAAGAGUGAAGAACCGUUUAUAAAGGGGAUUUUCCAAGAAAAUCAUGAUAUAAACAUGUUUAUAAACACAUUAGUAGAUAAACAUGUGAUUUCUGAUGAUGAAUUUGAUCUUUUGUGUGUGGCGACACUGGCCUGUGGUUCAUGCCUUGUUAGAGUAACUGAACGUACAGCAGUAAAUCAUUUGGGUACCUCACCAGUCAUUUUAGUAAUGGAGUUGGUAAUUCUGUUCUUUGUACAGACGUCACCGAGAGCUCCAGAGGAUUAUUUGGAUGAUCAAGAGAGGAUUUCCAAGUAUAUAUCACUUUGCAAAGUAUCUCUAAUGCUGAUGAACAAUUACAGCAACUUUUCAAGCCUUUUUCAAUACACAGUUAAGAAGAUUCGACUGAGGAUACCAAGGCCAGAGGAGGAAGAAUUUGAAAAAUUAAUAGAGGAAGGGUUCAUGUACGAAGAAGAUCUUAGCAUUUGUGAACUAUUCAGCUCAUACGUGUCAAACAUAUUAUCAUAGCGUUGUAAAGUAGAAUCUCAUGUUACACACUGCCGUAAAGUAGGGCCCGAAAAUAAUAAUAAUUUAUAUUUUGUA